ACGUACGUUACCAGCAAAUUCGAUCGUCGCGCACGCUGGCAUAGCAACUUCAUGACGCGCGCUAGCGCCAACGUAAUAGGACUUAUGCAUAUUUCCGUAGAAAAAUACUCAAGAGCCGAGAUUUGAUCUUGCGAGACUUGUCUUCGGUCCCAUGUAUGGACAAUUAGAUUGAUAUCGUUUGAUCCCAUAAUCCAGACUGAAGAUCAUCAUAAACCAGACUGAAGAUCAUCAUAAUCCAGACUGAAAAUCAUCAUAAUCCAGACUGAAGAUCAUCAUAAUCCAGACUGAAGAUCAUCAUAAUCCAUACUGAAGAUCAUCAUAACCCAGACUGAAGAUCAUCUUAAUCCAGACUGAAGGUCAUCAUAAUCCAGACUGAAGAUCAUCAUAAUCCAUACUGAAGAUCAUCUUAAUCCAGACUGAAGAUCCAGACUGAAGAUCAUCAUAAUCCAUACUGAAGAUCAUCUUAAUCCAGACUGAAGAUCAUCAUUAUCCAGACUGAAGGUCAUCAUAAUCCAGACUGAAAAUCAUAAGUAUUAAAAGGAACAUUGCCUUGUAAUCCUGUCUGCUGUUACUAUGGGUCUCUUGGAUUAUUUUGCAAGAUUAUUUGGGAGCAGCAAGAAGGAAGCCCAGGUCCUAUGUGUAGGACUUGAUAACAGUGGAAAGAGUACCAUUAUCAACCGUCUUAAGCCAGAUGAGUCGACAUCGGAGGAUAUAGUGGCUACAGUAGGCUUCACAGUGGAGAGGUUUCAGACUCCUGGUGUACGAUUCACUGUCUUUGAUAUGUCUGGUCAGGGAAGGUACAGAAACCUAUGGGAACAUUAUUAUAAGGAUGCUCAAGCCAUCAUGUUUGUGAUUGAUAGCAGUGAUAAGAUGAGAGUAGUCGUGGCUAAAGAAGAGCUGGACAUGCUUCUUGAUCACCCAGAUAUCAGGGUACGUACAAUACCCGUCCUAUUCUUUGCCAACAAGAUGGAUCUUCGAGAGUCUCUGACUUCUGUUCAGUGUUCUAGGCUACUGGAACUGGAGAAGAUCAAGAAUAAACAAUGGCACAUAUGUGCUAGCAAUGCAUUGACUGGAGAGGGAUUACAUGAAGGUGUUCAAUGGCUAUCAGAUCAAAUAAAAUUGUAAUUGAUAGCCAUGCGGCUGAAUAGACUGAUUGAGACCUUUGUGUACCCUAAGAACACACUGUGUAGUGAACAGCUACAGGAAUCGAUUCUCUCAAGGACUUUUGUAGGAGAUCAUUGUGCACUGACUCAAUCAUCAAGCCAAGCCUAGGAAUGAAUAUAGACUGAUGUGAACUUAUCUUGGAUAGAGGAAUGUGAUGGAAAGCAAACACCAGGAAUGGCAACGCUGCCCCUGGUGAGAGGGUGUCGCUUUAAAUGUUAUUCAGUGGAGAGUCAAUCUAAUUGACUAAUCAUGGAUUUUCUGCUCCAUAAUAAUUUCACAGCACAUGAUCAUGCAUUGUUUUUUUAAUGUCUUUUUGUACUAAAGCUAAAUCACAUGAGGCUGAUUAGACCUCAUCAAUAACGUAACAUUAAAUAUUUCCCAAAUUAUAUCAUGAAAUUUGUGAUAUUUACAAGCCAUUGAAUACAUGUAAGCUCAAUCCAACAAUAUAACAGAGCAAUACCAACAAUAAAUCAGCGCAUACAGUUAACAUGUAAAUAUUCACACCCUUGUAUAUUUGAUGUUUGUUGUGUUUUUCGUAACUCAAGCAUGAAGAACCAGUGGACUGGUUGAAUUAUAGGGCUGUUGUGGAAUACUUUUAGAUGUAAGGUUUGAAAUGUCACAUUCUCAAGAAACACAAAUCGGGACAAGUUUAUAUUUCACAUACUUAAUAAAUUACAAAGCUAAAGCUUGGUAAGUUUUCUUUGAGAUCCAUGUUCUAUAAUUGGAAGAGAAGCGGUUCAAUGUAGAGGUGUGGUUUAAGCACUUGACUUGAAAUGCAAAGGUUGUGGGUUCGAUACCCGACACUGCACUAGUGUCCUGUGGCAAGGCAUUAAUCUACAUUUGCCAUUCCUUACCCAAGAGAGAGAUUAUGGGGACCUGUUAGUAUGACGAAAGCCUUUGUGUUGGUAAUUGUCAUAUGCCCUCACGGUGACUAUAUAUAUAUGGUAGGAAUAUUCCCCAGGGGGUGGAUAUGGUGCCAAUGUGCUUAGAGAUGGUAUUUUGUAUUAAGGGCUAUAUAAAUCAAGAUAUGUAUUAUUAUUGUUAUUAUUAUCAAUAGCAGAUAUAAUAUCUAUUUUCCCAACAUAGAAAUUUCAUUGCUAGAUUUAACUCCUGAUAUCCUCCUAUCACAUCACAAGUGUUUCUAUCUGUAUUGUCUUGAGUGAAAUCACCAAAAAGAUUACUUUAUUUAAUAACCACAAACAAGAUUGAUAUUUUAUGAAUGAAAAUGCCUUGGAACACUACUGCACCUUGUGUUUUAAUACAUUAUGAUUGUAAAGAUUUAAACAUACGCUAUAUUUUGAUUUCAUAAGCCCAAAGACAAUGACCACAUACAUGACUGAUGUGGUAUUGGUACGAGGUCAUCUUGUUGUGCAGUUGUUUUUGUUUAAUGUUUAGUAGGACGAGGGGCUGUAUUUCCAGAUACAUAACAAAAGCAAAGCCGUCACGUUGACC